CAUUGCUGUACAGCCAGUCUCUCUGAAGCGUCUCCAGGUCUCGUAUCCUUUAAACAGCAUUUAGUCCAUUUUUUUUUCCAUUUUUUUUUCCCCCUCCACACACACAGAUGCACAAUCAAGAGAAAAACGCAGUGAAGGCUGCCGAUGUGUAACCGUUAUCGGGGAUCUGAAACGUGCCAUUUCAGCACCUGCCUUGUUGGGAAUUCGAGGCUAGAAAGGGAGAGAGAGAGAGAGAGACACACACACAGAGAAAUAGGAACCCCCGAGUGAUUGGAUUCUGUGGACAUGAUGUUGACGAGAAUUGUGUUCGUGGGAUUGAUUUGCUGUUGUCUCGUCUCGCCUGUGAAAGCUUGUGGACCUGGCCGGGGCUACGGGCGGAGGAGACACCCCCGAAAACUAACCCCACUCGGCUACAAGCAAUACAUCCCCAACGUGGCAGAGAAGACGCUGGGGGCAAGUGGCAGAUACGAAGGCAAGAUUACCAGGAACUCGGAGAGGUUCAAAGAAUUGACACCCAAUUACAAUCCGGACAUUAUUUUUAAGGACGAAGAGAACACGGGGGCCGACAGACUGAUGACACAGAGGUGUAAAGACAAAUUGAAUUCCCUGGCGAUCUCAGUGAUGAACCAAUGGCCCGGGGUGAAGCUCAGGGUGACAGAGGGCUGGGACGAAGACGGCCAUCACUCGGAGGAGUCGCUGCAUUACGAGGGCAGAGCAGUGGACAUUACCACCUCGGACCGUGACAGGAGCAAGUACGGCAUGUUGGCCAGGCUGGCGGUGGAGGCGGGCUUCGACUGGGUCUACUACGAAUCCAAGGCCCACAUUCACUGUUCGGUCAAAGCAGAAAACUCAGUUGCUGCAAAGUCCGGAGGCUGCUUUCCAGCUUCAGCUCGCGUGAGCCUGGAGAACGGUUCCACGAAAGCGGUGAAGGAUCUGAGAGCGGGAGACCGUGUGCUGGCGGCGGACAGUGAAGGCAGGCUGUUCUACACCGACUUUAUCAUGUUCCUGGACAGAGCCCGGGAGGCCACCAAGGUUUUCCACGUGAUCGAGACGCGGCAGCCCCGGAGGAAGCUGUCCCUUACUGCGGCUCACUUGCUGUUCGCCGGGUUGCGGCGGCGGAGCCCGGGACAGCCCCAGUUCCGGGCCACUUUCGCCAGCAACGUGAAACCCGGGCAUCUGGUCUACGUGCCGGACGGAGACGGCCAGCGGCUGCGGGCUGCCACCGUUCAGAAGGUUUAUUUGGAGGAGAUGGAAGGGGCUUACGCCCCACUGACUGACCAGGGCACCCUCGUGGUCAACCAGGUCCUGGCCUCUUGCUAUGCCGUGAUAGAGGAUCACGCACUGGCCCACUGGGCGUUCUUGCCGGUUAGAAUGAGUUACGCGGCCAAGUCCUUAUUUUCACUCAGUGACCCAUUCACAGCCAACAGUACUGUCCCGGAAGACGGCGUCCACUGGUACUCCAACGCCUUGUAUCAAAUAGGCAGAUGGGUUUUGAACGAGGCAUCCAUUCACCCACUGGGAAUGACAUUGGACUCCAGCUGAAAUCUUUUUACAGCAAGGGGGAAACAGCAAGGGGGAAACUCACCCAAGAUGAAACUUUUACAAUGAACCACACACACACACACACACACACACAGAGAGAGAGAGAGAGAGAGAAAUCAAGUACAAUUUCAGUUGAGACCCCUGUUGUUUUGUUGUUGUUGGGGGUUUGGGGGAAUAUUUAUUUCGUUUGCAUUUGUAUUUUCUCUCAUUGUUUGUUUCUGCUUUUUUGUUUGUUUGUUAAUCCUUUAUCCAAAACAAACCUGGAACUUCGAGGGCCUUAAAAAGAAACUCCUUUGAUAAUUUAUUCCCACGUGAACCUCUCUUUGACCCCAGCAGAAAGAAAAUAAUUUUGUGUGGUCGAACAAGGAGCGCAGAAUAUAUUUUUCUACAAAGUCUGAUAUCGUGAAACAUUUCAGAAUCGUCAGCAACGUGUUCCCUUUGGACCAUCGACGCAUCUAAUCUUGUGUUCCGCUCUCACAUUUUCCUGUUCUUGUUUUCUCUUUCUGGACAAAGUUACGCUACGUUGGGGGUCCAUAAAUUAUAUUUUUAUACACAGAAUUGUAAAUUAGAUUUUGGAGAGAUCAUUACUUAACUGAAUCACAAUUCGUUAUUUGAAAUAGUGUAAAAUACGAGAAUAUAUUAUUUUAAUUUAAAAUCUAGGUGCAAAAAAUAUAACGUUUUGACCAUCCCAGUUACAUUUUUUUGUUUGUUUCUUGUUGAACGUGCUAUUUUGUAAACCCAGAUGUGUUGCGAUUAACGUUUGGGCGCCAGAAAAAAAAGACUGUUGUCCAUUUAUCACAUAAUGGCGCCUUGAUCACUUCCAUCUGGGACUGAAUUCUAUGGGAAGAAAUUAUUUUUUAAAAGCGAGGAAACUUGAGAAAGAAUAUUAACAUUCUAAUGAAAAUAGUAGUUUGUACAAAGUUUUUUUGCAUACGAAUUAAAAUUCGACAAAAACAGCUGUAAAUUUACUAAACCGUAUUAUUUGCAUAUUUUGUAAUAGUUUAAUACAGUAGUUUUAUAAUAUAGAAAUGUGCCAAAAUGCUCUUUGAAUAUUAUUAAAAUAUACAGCAUUUCAAGUACACUGAAUUUUUGAUUAAAAAGAGGAAGUGAAUGACUUUGUGUACAGAUACCUUAAAAUAUUUUGCAAAGUUAGAAGAGAUAUUUAUGUUCUUGUGUCACCCACUGUAAGUCUACCAUAUUCUGAGACUGAAUGGUUGUCUGUAAUACAACAGUCGGACAAUUUCGUUCAAUCAUUCUGAGACUUUAAAAGAAAAGCUAUGACGAAAACAUUGGUUGUGGCAGAGGUGCCGCUUGCGAAUAACAAACAUUUUAUUUCCUCAGC